AUGCCCGUCAAGAGAGCAUGUGAUGUAUGCUUCAAACGAAAGAUCCAAUGUACAAGGACCAACCCCAAUCUACCAUGCGAAUGGUGUUUCGACCACAACCUGGAAUGUGUGCUUCAACGAGAAGCGCAGAGAAAGAAAUCAGAUGACCUUCCAUCAAUCUUGAAUCAUGUACAAGCACUCACUCGUCGAGUCACAGAACUCGAAAACACAGUUGAACAACUUCGUUCGGCAGUGAAUGGAAUUACACCAGUAUUUCAGAGUCAAAACACACCUUUAUCAUUACCCGGAACAGUAAAUACACAGGCAUCUCCCCUUUCGCCGCAGCCUCACCAUGCUGGGAGUGCAGCCCAACAUCGUGCCUUUCUAGGCCAACACUGGUACUUCAAAGGGGUUCCAUUGUUUUCAGAAAAGGGAACUGACUGGAUGUCAUCCAAGAUUGGUCAAAGGCCAAACCUGGGAAAAUUCCGUCUUUUCGGGUCACUCUCUUUCCCUCCCACCCCUUUCCAACCACGUGCUGAACUACCUGAACGAGAGAUAGUGAAUGAAGUGCUCGAGUCUUGGCUGUCAUCAGACUGGCAAAGACUGUAUCCGGUACUUGACUCGUUACUUGUACCGGGGACUAUUGAAGCGGCCUAUACACUGCCACCGAGUCAAGAGACUAUUCACAGGCAAAAGACAGCCGAAGCAUGUAUACUGGCGGCGUUGGCUAUUUGUUCGCGAGCGAGCGGAUAUGAAAUCCCGGAACUGCUUGAGGGCGAUGCUUACGCCAAUCUCGCACACAGCUAUCUGGCGCAGGUAUCUGAUGGUGGCAACUUGGAAACAUUGGAAGCUUUGCUUCUACUGGUACUUUACAAGACUCUUUCCGGCCAAUGGGAAGAUGCUACCACGCUUCAUUCAUCGGCCUGCCGUAUUGUUUAUGAGCUGAAAGGCCACUGCUUCUACACCACAUUUGCAGAACAACCCUCUGAACAACAUAAACGAGAGCAUGUUCGAGAUCUGUUUUGGUUAUGUUAUAUCUUUGACAAAGACCUUUCAAUUCGAUUUGGCCAACCUCCUCUUCUUCCCAGCAAUUACUGCGAUUUGACAUUACCAGACGGACUCGGUAGGAUAUACGACACUCUGCCUCUUAACGAAAAGGCCUUUGUUCACUUCCCUCAAGACCUUCAACUCACUCAGAUCAAAGAGAGGCUGUGCCUUUUUCUUUGUUCUCUCGACAACCCGAAUCUGGCUGAUAGCACAAUCCUUUUCCACUUGCGGCAGCUUGAUAUUGAUCUCGAGACAUGGCGCCUAAACAUCCCAGUAGACUUCCGUCCUAAAUUGUCACUGUCGGCUGAUCAACCAUUUCAACUGAAAAUGUCCCAUCUCCAAAGACGGAGACAUACGCAUUUGCAGUUGGAGUACAGCUACAUGACAAUCAUUAUUCAUACCGCCGUACGAAGAUGCGGCGCGGCUUAUGCCAUGAAUGAGAGUCUACCUGAUGAUUUGCAUAAUGUUUAUCAUUCGAGUAGCGAUUUAUCCCUUGAAGCUGGUCGCACGAUUUUGCAGACUUUUAAAGACCCGGAUAUGCUGCUAGAACAACAUGCGUUCGGGCAUGUCGCCUUUUACCCGCCCAUCGCAGCCCUGGCACUAUUCUUGAACAUUCUGAUUCAUCCUCUCGACAAAGAGGCACAAAUGGAUUUGGAUAUUCUAGCAUCAUCAACCACAAUCUUUCAAAACUCAUCAUCGACUAGAAUGACGGAAUUGGAUCUUGAAAGUGUGCAAGAAUUGAGCCGAUUCGUGUCAGAAUUGGUACGCCUUGGCAAAAGCGCUAUAUUAAAGGCAAAGCAAGAAAGCCAAGCCACGGAGUAA